ACCAACAAAGUACAAACCGUAAAGCAUCCAUCCAUCCUUUCCAUUCAUUCAUUCAUUCAUGCCGUGUAGUAGGCGACAACUGAACCACUUACGCAUCCUCUAAAUCGAAAAAACCCGAUCGCCAAAAAUACGGGCUUCGUAGACUUAUCGAUCACUGCACAACAAGAUAAUCGGGAAUUUGAAAUCUCUGAAAGGAUAAUCCUGUUUGUUAUUAUCCAGAUAUUAUUAUGUUGCAGAGACCCCGUAGAAGGUGCGAGGGCACAGCCAUGGGUGUCAUCGUUCUUGAUCUUCGUCCUGGUCUCGGAAUCGGCCCCUUUUCUCUCGGAAUGCCUAUAUGCGAGGCGUUUGCGCAGAUAGAGCAACAGCCAAACAUCUAUGACGUUGUUCAUGUCAAGUACUUUGAUGAGGAUCCGUUGAAGCUGGAUGUUGUCAUAAGCUUUCCGGAUCACGGUUUUCACCUCCGUUUUGAUCCAUGGUCGCAGGUACUAUAUCUUGAAGCAUGUAAUAUUAGGCUUCGUCUAAUUGAAAUUUUUGAUGUCAAACGGCUUCAGAUGCGCUAUGCAACAUCACUUAUUGGAGGUCCAUCGACUCCAGCUACUUUUGUUGCCGUUUACGCUGUUUUCGGACCCACAUUUCCUGGAAUUUACGACAAAGAGAGAGGCGUCUACACUCUUUUCUAUCCGGGGCUAUCAUUUGCCUUUCCAAUUCCGUCUCAGUACACCGACUGUUGCCAUAACGGGGAAGCUGAAUUGCCAUUGGAGUUUCCUGACGGGACGACUCCAGUAACCUGUCGUGUAUGCAUAUACGACAGUUCGACCGAUAGUAAAGUCGGUGUAGGAUCAUUGAUGAACAAAGCUUCCGCUCCUCCGCUGCCAGCUGGCAGUCUCUACAUGGAAGAAGUUCACGUUAAGCUAGGAGAAGAAUUAUGGUUUACAGUAGGCGGUCAGCAUAUCCCCUUUGGUGCUUCUCCACAGGAUGUGUGGACAGAAUUAGGCCGACCGGAUGGAAUUCAUCAAAAACAGGUAGACCAAAUGGUAAUUCACUCUGCGUCAGACCCACGUCCAAAAACAACACUAUGUGGCGAUUACUUUUACAAUUACUUUGCUCGUGGCUUUGACAUAUUAUUUGAUGGCCAGACUCAUAAGAUCAAAAAGUUUGUUCUACAUACGAAUUAUCCGGGGCAUGCUGACUUUAACUCUUACAUAAAGUGCAAUUUCGUUAUCCAUGCUACAGAACUGGACGGUGCGUAUCAUCAAGAUAUGAAUUCCUCUAAAAGCAGUAUUACACCUGGGACAAAGUGGGAGCUAGUGAAGGAGAUUCUUGGAGAUUGUGGUCGAGCUGCUAUUCAAACACAAGGCUCUACAAGCAAUCCGUUUGGCUCGACUUUUGUCUACGGGUACCAGAACGUUGCUUUCGAGGUGAUGAAGAAUGGGUAUAUUGCUACAGUGACUCUUUUUCAGUCAUUCUAAGCUGUUUAUGAAUGCAAUGGAUACAUGCUUUGUACAGCUCUUCCAAGACUGUUGAAACUUUGUACAGAUUAAUUUGGAUAUUUCUCAUCACUCUUCAGUUCUUGUAAUGAUGUCAACCUUGUAAAUUAUCUCUCAAAAGUUGAUGAUUGAAAGUUCAGGGUCCCUUUAAUAACAUGUAUAUAUAUCUUGUG